AUCCCCGAGUUCCAGUACAAUUUUCUCCAUUCUCCCAUUCCUCCACUCUCCCAUUCCAUUCUCCCUUCCCAAAACGCAACGAAACGCAAUGGCCAGAAGAUCCCUACCCCUCCUCAGGCACCUCCUGGCGCGAUCCACGCCGCGCCGCAUCCAAACCCGAUCCGUUACGUACAUGCACCGGCCGGGCGACGGGACGCCGCGCGCGGUGACGCUGAUCCCGGGCGACGGAAUCGGGCCGCUGGUGACGGGCGCGGUGGAGCAGGUGAUGGCGGCGAUGCAGGCGCCGGUGUUCUUCGAGAAGUUCGAGGUCCACGGGAACAUGAAGGCGAUGCCGCAGAAAGUGAUGGACUCCAUCCGGCGCAACAAGGUGUGCCUGAAGGGCGGCCUCGUGACCCCCAUGGGCGGCGGCGUUAGUUCCCUGAAUGUGCAGCUGCGGAAGGAGCUCGAUCUCUACGCCUCCCUCGUUAACUGCAUCAACCUCCCUGGAUUGCGCACGCGCCACGACAACGUCGACAUCGUCGUCAUCAGGGAGAACACUGAGGGCGAGUACUCCGGCCUCGAACACGAGGUCAUUCCCGGCGUCGUCGAAAGCCUUAAGGUAAUAACGAAGUUCUGUUCAGAGCGUAUUGCUAAUUAUGCAUUUGAGUAUGCUUACCUAAACAACAGAAAGAAGGUGACUGCCGUGCACAAAGCAAACAUUAUGAAGCUUGCAGAUGGUUUAUUUUUGGAAUCUUGUCGAGAGGUUGCCAAAAAGUACACUGGAAUCAAGUAUAACGAAAUUAUUGUAGAUAAUUGUUGCAUGCAGCUUGUUUCAAAGCCUGAGCAGUUUGAUGUCAUGGUGACCCCAAAUCUUUAUGGAAAUCUAAUUGCUAAUACUGCGGCAGGCAUUGCUGGAGGCACUGGAGUCAUGCCAGGAGGUAAUGUUGGGGCUGAGCAUGCAGUGUUUGAGCAAGGUGCCUCGGCAGGAAAUGUUGGCAAUGAUAAAAUAUUGGAACAAAAAACUGCCAAUCCAGUGGCGCUUCUUAUGUCAUCAGCUAUGAUGCUUAGGCAUCUUCAGUUUCCUGCAUUUGCUGACCGCUUGGAAACUGCUGUGGAACAAGUCAUUUUGGAGGGCAAAUAUCGAACAAAGGAUCUUGGAGGGACAAGCACCACCCAAGAAAUUGUGGAUGCAGUCAUAGAUGCUUUAGAUUGAGUCAUUUUAGUUGCUGAUUUCCCAAAUGAAGUCAGCCUCAUAUUCUUUUCUAACUAAUUUCACCAGCAUUGUUUUGCACCCAUAAAUGAAAAAUAGAAAUUUUGGUCCUGAAUAAAGUUUAUGGAACACAAUGAUUUUUUUGGUCGGCUAUGAAGAAUUUGUAGAGAAAGUGAUGAUUGUUUCCCUCC